AUCUGACAUCGAUUUUUCCGUCAAGUAACACCAUUGCUGCAUGCAUUAUUUGAAAAAAAUUUAUUGAAGCGCGCCUUUUGUGAUUCAAUCUUUGCCACUUUCAAAUGAUUUUCUGUCAAGUAGUUUGGUUUUCACUUUCUGUCACUUGAGUACACAAUUGAAUAAGAUUUCUGUUUUGUCUUUUUUCCAUCAGUAGGUGACGGAAGAAGUUCAGCCCCAGCGAAAUCUUCUGUUACAUUUUUCUCCCACGUUUCAAGAUUGUACAAUGGAAGGAUGGCUCUAUGUUAUACAACCAAAUAGAUUAAGGUUGCAGUUCCCUCGCAAGAAAUAUUUUAUUUUGCAGGGCAAUGCGCUUUUGUGCUUCAAAUCCAUGCCCUCCACUGGCCAUGAGGAGCCUGUUAAAACAGGGGUUAUUGACCCAUGCAUAAGAGUUGCAGAUAAUGGAAGAGAAAGCAUUCACAGAAAAGUUCUAUUUGUUUUUACGCUUUACAAUUCUGUUAAUCAUGAUGAUGAGCUUAAGGUGGGAGCAAGGAGUUCAGAAGAGGCUGCCAGGUGGAUGCAUAUUUUGAAAGAAGCUGCAUUACAGGCACAACCUUCUCAAGCAGUAAGCACUUUGGUUGCACCUAGGAAGAAAAUGUCAGGUUUAAGACCUGGAAGCAGAAGAUUGUCUUCGUUCUGCAGAAUCAGCUGUGAUUCGCCGGACUGGUGGCUGCCUACAAUGCAGACAACAGCUGAUGUCAUUGCACCUUCACCAUGGAAAUUUUUUGGUUGUGAGAAUGGAUUGCGAUUAUUCAAAGAGGCAAGUGAUGGAGAAUUUAGGAGCAAGCAUUGGGAUAAUCAUCCAGCUGUGAUGGCAGUGGGUGUUGUGGAUGCAACCUGUGAAUCUGUAUUUAAGACUGUUAUGUCUCUCGAACCAUCAAGAUCAGAGUGGGACUUUUGUUAUCUACAGGGUCAGGUUAUUGAUCACUUGGAUGGUCACGUAGACAUAGUCCACAAACUGUUGCAGAGUAGCUGGCAGCCUUGGGGGCUGACACCAAGAGAUUUGGUUCUUCACCGUUACUGGAGGAGAGAGGAUGAUGGCUCAUAUGUAAUUCUUUAUCAUUCUGUGACGCAUCCGAAAUGUCCUCCUUCUCGGGGUUUUGUGCGUGCCCGCCUAAAAAGUGGAGGAUAUGUGAUAUCUCCGUUGACUCAUCCCCAACAACAUCCACGUGCAGUUGUUAAGCACAUGCUAGCCAUAGACUGGAAAUAUUGGGCAUCUUAUUUACGACCAUCUUAUACAAGAAGAAUUACCCUCCGAAUGCUAGGGCGCAUAGCAGCAAUGAGAGAAAUGUUUAAGGCUAAGCCAGUUCAUUAUCUGUCUCCGGGGCUAUUGUCUAGGGAGUUAGCAAUGGGAAACGCAUCAACAAACAAUGAAAACACUGAAGAGAAAAGAGCGCUUUUCCCAGCACCAGAAUGCAGUUCUCACGUUUCUUCAAGGGAAUUUAUUGGCUCAUUAUAUCAAACAAAGGAAACAACAUCCUCAUUCCUUCAAUUUAGUGAUGCAGUUGAUGAAUUCUUUGAUGCACACUCAAAUUGUGAAUCAGCUCAGACAGAUUUGGAUCAAUCACUGGAGCACCCUAGGGAGAGUGAAGGGUCUCUAGAUGAUGAACAAGCAAUUGAAUUGCAGCUUGGAGAUCAUCAAAAGACGUCAGCAGCUACAGUUAUUGUCAAGUGUUUUCAUGAUCUAGCUUCUGCAGCAAGUCACAAACGAUCACAAGUGGAUGUUCACUUGGGAGAUGAUGUAGAUUUUCUCAGCUAUGAAGCAACUCUUCCAAAAAAUUCUGCGUGUACAUUGCCAAGCAGUUGGUCCAUGGCAGAUCCAACCACAUUUUUGAUACGUGGCAAAAGUUAUCUGAAAGAUCGUAAAAAAAUUAAGGCAAAAGAUACGUUAAUGCGUAUGGUUGCAGCAGAUUGGCUCAGAUCUAAUAAGCGAGAGGAUAAUCUUGCUGGACGUCCUGGAAGUUUUAUUCAGAGGAGAGCAGCUGAGUAUAGCAAUGAGUUUUAUAUCAUUAUAAAUAUUCAGGUUCCAGGUGCAACAACACACAAUCUUGCCUUAUACUACAUGAUGGACUGCCCUCUUGAAUCUGUUCCUUUGCUAAAAAUGUUUGUUGAAGGAGAUGAUGCUUAUCGCAAUUCACGAUUCAAGCUCAUUCCCUAUAUUGCUAAGGGCUCCUGGAUAGUUAAGCAGAGUGUAGGAAAGAAUGCAUGCUUGUUGGGUCAAGCACUAGAGAUAAACUAUACUAGGGGAAGCAACUAUCUUGAGCUUGGCAUCGACAUUGGUUCCUCUUGUGUAGCCAAGGGUGUUGUUAACCUAGUUCUAGGUUACUUGAGUAAGUUGGUCAUAGAAUUGGCUAUUCUGAUACAGGGGAACACAGAAGAUGAGCUCCCAGAGUUUCUUUUAGGGACCUGUAGGCUCAAUCAUCUUGAGGAAUCCAAAUCAGUCCCAGCUGGACAGAAAUAUCCACAAGCCACGUGAUGUCAAAUCUCUGAAUCAGCCUUAUCAAUAUGGUGUACUUUUGUGAAAUGUAAUGAUACAAGGAGGAACAGUCUGGCAGCAGCAAGUUCCCUUCAUUAAAUAAGGAAAGAUCAGAGCAUCACUGAAUAUUAAAUAUAUAUGUUAUUCCAAGGUGCAAUUCACAAAUGUUGCCCUCUAUUGGAAAAAUUUAAGAUCCAUUGGUCUCAUUCUAGCAUUCCUUUUCCUUCUAUUUGUGAAGAUUCAAAAGCAAUUAACUCUCAAAGAAAUUUGGUCAUUGCAUUUCAUUCAAUUCAUAUGAAUAUAUAUCCACUCACAUUUUUGUUGUA